GUCCACAGGGCGUAUCGCGUUCGAGGAUCACGUAAAACCGGGCCGUGUGGCAGCACUGGCAGCUCUCAGGCUUCUCUCUGGUUUAUAUUAGAGGUUAUAUUAUAUUCGACUUUGCAUCGCGUGUGCUGAUUUAAAUACACGUUAAAUAAUGUCGAGUAACAACAGCAGUUUUAUCACUGUACCUGGUUUCUGCCCGGAUUGCGGUUCAAUUUUGCCCCUGCUUAGCGAAAGCGGCACAGUCGCAUGUUACACAUGCAAAAGAGAAUGGAAUUCCGAAGUUUUUGGCGACAUGCAAAUGACACAUACGCUCUCAUUUAACACCAAGCAUACUUAUGCAUAUAUAAAAAAAGACGAGGACAGUGACGAUGAUGCGGAUGGACCGAUAGUAGAGCGACAAUGUCCUCAGUGUCGAAAUGAUAGGAUGUCUUAUGCCACGUUGCAAUUAAGAUCUGCUGAUGAAGGACAAACUGUAUUUUACACGUGUACCAAAUGCAAAUUCAAGGAAACGGAAAAUUCUUAACAAAACAUUUUUCGCGUUACAUAUUUUAUGUGAGAUAUAGCAUAAGGUGAUUCCUCUGUUUGUUCCUUUUUGUAUACAAAAUGUGCACUAUUUUUAUAUUAUUCGAAGUAAUGAAAAAAAUAAAAGAUUCUAAUACUUUGUAA